AUGAACGAAGAUGGUCGAUAUAGAGAUGAACUUAGAUCAGUGAUUGGUAUGUUUGUCAAUGCUAUUCCUUUACGAUGUCAGCUAGAUCCACAAUGGUUUCUGCAUAAACUUGUUAAAAAUGUUCAAGAGAUAACAACAAAUACUAUGAAAUAUUCAUAUUUUCCACUUCAACGUAUUCUCAAUCAACAUCCACAUACUUCGAAACCUGCGUUUCUUGAUCGAUCAUUCGAGUUCGUGCAAUAUUCACCACAAGAUCUCCACAAAGACGUGAUUAUAUGUGAUAGUCAUCUCACUGGGAUGCCUAUUUCGAUCAAGAUUAGUGAAGAUGAUACCAUGAGCAAAUUUGACUUCAUUCUUAGUAUUCAGCAUGAUUUCGAUAUGAAUCAACUUUCUUGUACAAUCAAUGCAUCACUUGAUUUGUUUAACAGAGAGACAGUGAAGCAGAUUUCACAACGAUUUCAUUUCACUUUAAAUCGAUUAUCUACAUCUAUUAUUGAUAAUCAAAUAAACAAACCUAUCUAUGAACUAUCAUUAAUAUUAUCAGAUGAACAGUAUCUAAUGCAAUCAUUGAAUAAUACGCAAGUAUCAUUUUCAUCUGCUUCCACUUGUAUUCAUCAUGAAUUUGUAUACCAAGUAAUGAAACAUCCACAAAAACUAGCUGUUGAAUUGGAUGAACAAUCGUUGUCAUAUUGGGAACUUCUAUAUUAUGUUCAAGUCUUAUCUUCAAUUCUUCUAAAUGAAUAUCAUGUGCUUCCAGGUGAAGUUGUGUGUCAAUGUAUGGAACGAAGUUUAUCAAUGAUUAUUGGUAUAUUAUCAAUUGAAAUAGUUGGUGGUGUUUAUUGUCCAUUAUCAGCAGAAAAUCCCGAACAACGUCUUCAAAAUCUUGUAGAACAAACACAA